AUGUAUCAGAAAAAUUCACCUCAUGAUACAGUCGAUGGAUAUUCAGCAUUGGAUUUUAUCGUUUGUGUGGUUUAUGACAAAACGAAAGAUGUCUAUCUGAUGAGUAAUUAUCGACAUCGAAGUGGUCUUUGGUUUUUGUUCGCAGAACGUCGUCCGAAUGAGACAUCGAUUCAGACAGUCAAACGUGUACUUGAUCCACUUCUUACUUAUGAUGCAGAUCAAAUUCAGCUUGUCAAAAUCUGCUCAACCAAAACUCUGCCAUUCCAAGGUCACGAUGUUCUUUUCUAUGCGAUCAUUCCAAAGUCAACCACAGUGAUCAACGUAUGGUUAAGUGGUAAAGUUGAGGCAAUCGAUUUUGAGCGACAAUUGAAUCUUCUCUCUGAUAACGAAACUGUUUGGUUAACAAAUAAUCAGCUGAAGCAUGUUAGCAAACUUUCACGAUUGCUGGGGAUUGAGCCGUUGACGUUAAACAAACAAUUCAAAGAUAUAUUUCAUUCGGGAAUGAAAUCGACGAAUGUAAUGUUCGAAGAAACAAAAAUACCGCAAACGGAAACACUUUCGAAAUCAAAUACAACGGAAAUCUUACUUUUAUCAGCGAAGUUUACACCGACAAUCCAAGAAAAACUCUAUGAAGAGUAUCAUCACACAGUUGUACCAUCUGAUUAUCUAAAUUUAGAAACAUUCAAGCAAUUACUUCGACGUAAAGGUUUAGAAUCUUCUGAACUACCCCAUUAUUUUCGUGCUUUUGAUUCGACACAACGAAAUUAUUUAACCUACGUUGAUUAUUUACUUGGUUUAGCUGCACUUGAUCCGAGUACUCAACAUGGCGGUGUACCUGCCGAACAACGUUGUCGAUAUAUCUUUCGUUAUUACAAUCUUAGUAAUAAUCAGCGAAUGACCUUCGACGAGUUUAAACUAAUGAUUAAAGAAAUUCAUAAAAAUAAAGGACAAAAUUUAGUUGGCGAAGCGUUGAAUGAGGAAGCACUACAAAUGUUUCGCUCAUUCGGUCUUCGGUCCAGCGAGCAAACUUUAAGUCUAAUGGAUUUCUUGUCUGGCGUUGGUCAACUUCGAUUUCGUGGAACAUCCGUUCUGUUUCGAUUGAAUACAUCGUUGAUUGAAUAUUUCAAACGAACAGCUUCUCCAGCAUCCAAUGCAUUGAUAAUACAAUCAUUCACUUCGAAUCGAACGUUGAGCACAAAACCAAUGUCACGACGAACGGCCAGUACGCCGGCUUCGCCAUCACUGCCAGCUAUAUCGAAUAUUUCAAUUCAUGAACCUCAUCCCUAUGAAAUCGGUACUCACAUCGUGAAAGUUAAGAAAACAGGUGUCGUGGUGGACAUAACAUCGUUGUAUGAUAUGGAAAUAACUGGAGCAAUUAGUGGUAGUACAGCUCUGUUUUUCGAUGAUGAUCAUGCAAAAUUUGAUCGAAUCAAUAGCCAAGAUUGUUUCAAUCAACGUACACAUGCAAAUGAAAUGUUGAAUGGACUAAGAUAUUUCGAACGUGGAUCAAAAGAAGGUGGACCAGCGCUGAAAGAUCCAUAUACAUGGGGAAAAGUUGAUAUGUCUGCCAUGGCUCGUUGUUUAUUAGUUUUGUGUAAACAGAUCUAUUCAAUAUUUGUUAAGGAAAAUCGUUUAUUACGAAUUUCAUCGGCAUGCUAUAUCUUGGGUGAUUUACAUGGAAAUUUUCGUGAUUUGAUUUGUUUCGAAAAAACCUUUUGGCGACUAGGACCUGUAUUGACGCCUGCAUCGAUACUUUUUCUAGGUGAUUACGUCGAUCGAGGUCCAGAAGGUGUUGAAGUUGUUGCUUAUCUCUUCGCACAAAAACUUCUAUGUCCACAUAAAGUUUUUCUUCUCCGUGGAAAUCAUGAAUUACGGAAUGUUCAAGAUAUGUUUCAAUUUCAUAGUGAAUGCCGCCGUAAAUUCGGUCCGGAUCUUGGUGAACAAGUUUGGGAAGAAAUCAAUCGUUGUUUCGACACAAUGCCCAUCUGCGCCCUAGUUGAUAAUCGUAUUCUCUGCGUUCACGGUGGCAUCCCUUCAUUAGACGUGAAAAGUGAUUUUUUCAAAUUAGUUUCUCAAAUUCCAUGUCCGUUACGUGAUCCGGAAAAUGAAUCAGCGCUUGCCUGGGAAUUGCUAUGGAAUGAUCCUUUAUCGAAUGAAAUUCAAGACUUAGAACCAGAUAAUAAUGGAUUCAUAACCAAUAUUCGUCGAGGAACAGGAUAUUUCUUCUCAUCGAAAGCACUGAAUGAUUUUCUUCAACGAAACUCUCUAUUAUAUGUUGUACGCGCACAUGAAGUUCAACAACAAGGCUUCAAAGUUCAAUUGAAUGGUCGUUUAUUAACCGUGUUCUCAUCGAGUCACUAUUGUGGUGGUGAAAAUGAAGCCGCAACCGUUCUUUGUGACUCUAACAAACUUCGAUUGAUCCGUUUGGAUACAAGUAGUUGA